AAUGUCGAACAAGGCGGAGGGCAGUGGUGGAGGAAGUGUGGCUCAUGACAGCAGACCAGCCACCGACUCUACAGGGGACCUGACCGAAACAGAUGCUUUUGUCAAAAGCUCUUUCGAUGUGGAUCCCACAGAGGAGUACAAGAUGGGCCGCAAACGUCGAGGCCUUGCCCUCAUUUUUAACCAGGAGCGCUUCUUCUGGCGCCUGGGAUUAGGCGACAGACACGGAACCAAUGCCGACAGCUACAACUUGGAGAGAAGACUGCUGGAGCUGAACUUUGAAAUCAGAAGUUUUGACAACUACAAAAUGGUGGAGAUUCUGGAUAAAAUCUAUGAAGCUGCCCAAGAAGACCAUUCAGAUUCUGACUGCUUUCUGCUCGCCUUCCUGAGCCACGGAGAGGAUGAUCACGUUUUCGCCUACGAUGGCAAGAUCAGCCUCCAGGACAUAACGUCCUUGUUCAAAGGGGAUAAGUGUAGGACCCUUGUUGGAAAACCAAAGAUUUUUAUUAUCCAGGCAUGCCGUGGGGAUAAACACGACGUGCCGGUGACUCCACACGAUACUGUGGACAAUGACCUACGGACAAAUGAAGUGGUGGUGGACGCCAGCGCCGUCCACACCUUGCCCGCUGGUGCUGAUUUCAUCAUGUGCUACUCUGUGGCUGAGGGUUACUACUCCCACAGGGAGACUGUAAAUGGCACCUGGUACAUCCAGGACCUGUGUGAGUUGCUUAAGAAGUACGGGACUACCCUAGAAUUCACAGAGUUGCUCACGCUGGUCAACAGAAAAGUGUCCAUGAGGAAAGUUGGGAACAGCAACGACCGCAGCGCAAUCGGGAAGAAGCAGGUGCCGUGCUUUGCUUCCAUGCUCACUAAGAAACUCUAUUUCAGACCAAAGAAGUAACACUGUAGGACCGCAGUAGUUCACUUUGUUUUAUUUCUAUCUUUUAAAAGAGGAAUCUAAUACUGUUUGGGUAAAGGGAAAUGACUGUUUUUUUUCCUGUUCAUGCAUAUGCAGUGAAUGAUCUUUUCAUUAAUUUUAAGAAUUCAAGUGAAAUGAUUCCAAAAUACAGCUUGUAUUAUCAUUAGCUUCGACUGCAUCAUAGCGGAUGCAUUGUUUUUUAGUUUUUUCGUCAAUCAAAAUGUUUUAAAUAUUCAAAAAAAAAGUUUUGCAACGGAUUUAUCAUGUUCACAUUACAUCUCUCUUUUGUUUACGACUGUAUCGUCGCAAAUGAUGCUCAUUAGUUAAAAAAAAUGUUGAAAGAGCCAAGACAGCACACUGGUUUUACACACAGAAGCUGACACUUUCAGGGAUUUGUUUUUCUCUUUUUGUCUAGAAAAAGUAGUUUUUGUCUGAGCUAGAUGAUUUUCUCUCAUAUUGUGUUAGCCAUGGAAAACUUGGAGGUUUUUGUUUUUCUUUCCAAGCACUUCAGACACAUGCUGUGCCUUCAAACUCACCUCUUCUAAAAAGGGAAAUGUUUGUGCUUGUGGUAUGUUUAAUGAUGCACGUUUGCACGUAAAGUAAGAAACUCUUCAGAAAGGAGAGUGAUAAAUGUGACCCAUCAUAUCAAAAUGAGGAUUAAUCAAAUUUGGUCAAAAUGACCUAAUUGCGUUUUCAGAUCCCUGGCUUUAAAAGCUACAUUUUGAUACCUGGAUCAUUUUGAUAUCAGAAGCUUAUCCAUGGCUAUGGCUUAAUUUGUCUUAUUGGUUACUAUAAUAAAUUACUGUUCGGUCUGAAUCCUAAUUUUAUGUAAAUGUAUUGAGUUUUUGAUGUCAAUACAAAACGAGGAAACCUAAAAUAGUAUUUGUAUGUUAAGAUUUCCCAGUUGGAAAGAAAUAAAAAUAUUGCGAGCUCACAGGGAAAAAUUCAAAAUUUGAAAGCGUUUUUCCUCCAAAAGGUUUUUGUUGCUACUGCUCAAAUAAAAUGCUUCAAAACAGUUUUAAAGAUUAUAUUUCAGACAGUUCAUUCAAAUGAU